GAUAUCGGUGGUUAACUGUUCCAUAGACGAUGAAGGACCGAAGAACAAGCAAGUUGACGAAGGGAUGAUGCUAUAAUGGCCACUUUAUAUGUCAUGGUUGGUUAGUUUGAUGAACGAUAGGAAGAAAUGCGACAGCUUAACCAAUUACUGAACGAUGGCGGCAAUGUAGCCAUCAGUUUCAGUCCUGACCAGCCGGCACUGCCUCUGUGAAGAAUGGCUCCGGACAUACAACGCCGCUAACGAUGAUGCACCAGGGCCAGUGCAGUCCCGAUGGUACCCAGGAGACGGGCAGAGUGAUGAAGAGGGACAGGCAUACUCCCAGCGCCUCGGUGACCCCCCUGGGUCAUCCCAAAUCACAGGACAGCCUCCCUGUGUUCCUGUUCCCCACAGAGCUGGUGUUCUAUGCUCAGGAGCGCAGCUCACACAGAAGGGUUCUAACCUUCUACAAUCCUUACAGCUUCGUGCUGAGGUUCAAAGUGCUCUGCACAGCACCUGCUCUCUACACAGUGGUUGAAGCUGAGGGCAAUGUGAGGGCCAGGUCUUGCGUAGAUAUCGUGGUGCGGCACCAGGAUCCCAGCCCCAGGAACUGGGGUCGCAGGGACCGCUUUCGGCUGGAGGUGUCGGGAGGGGGGCAGAGGGGCACCCGGGAGAUCUGGGCCGAGCUGAAGGGGAGCGAGGGAGGAGAGAAGCCCCUGGAGACCCCCCGGGGAGGAGCUGUGUCCCCCGCAAGCUUCUCAGCCACGUUGCCUCCAGGAGUCCUGAGCCCCGACAGAGGUCGUGACCCCUCCCUGUUUGCUCUCUACGUCAUUGUCGGGCUGGCGUGCAUCACUGUCCUCAUGCUCCCCCUGCAUAGCGAGCCAAGCCCCUUGGUUCCAGUUCACGUCCAUGUCACCGUUAUGCAGAAACUGGUCUGUGCCUACAUACUCGGUCUGCUCACCAUGGUGUUUCUACGGUGAUGGAAGAGAAAUAGCGAGAGACUCAAAAUCACUAAAGGUUUUUAAUUGGAAUGAGGUGGAUGUUUACAGACUGCUGUGGUAGCAGAGGAAGACUGCAGCUAUAUUCAAAGACUGAAUUGGACCCACUGAUUGGACACUGCCCGAAAGAAGGGUUGACCAACCAACUCUCAGCAUUUCAGUCAUAAUAUGGCCAGUUUCACCCAGCAGAACAGUGACUGGAGGGACCCCUCAGAAGGAACCAAACGCGAAAGAUGGGUCCACACUGGGACUGACUACAAACAGACCCGCAUUUUCAAUGUCCGCUCCAAGACGCACAGCAGCCUCUGGAUCCCAGCUAGAGCUCAUGGCAUGUUGAAUUAGCAUUGCUACAACCAUACAGAUACAGUAGGCUGCGGGAAUGCGAUGCGGCCUCUUUAUUCGAGGCUUCCCGUAGCCGUGCAGAACUUUUUUUGUAAGGAUCGCUAUAAGAAUUAGCCAGCUUGCAGUAGACUGAACUAGUAGAAGACAUGGGGCCAUUGCAGGGAAUGUUAAAAAUACACGCAGUACAUGAGCCGUGAAUCAGCCGUAUUGUAAGCCACACCCACCCUGUGCAGAUCACGCAGUCGUUUUUACCGAAGCGCCCUCACCGUUAAUGAGCUGAGUCAUUGCUGUUGUAAUGUAGACCCAUAAGUUAUUUAAUUUGCUUCAUCAGCGCAAAGGAGUUUGUUUGCAGCUUGUUGAAUCUGAUGGACCAAAACCCCUGCAUGUAAGCUGCAGAUGCAUGAACACGCCAUAUGUGUGCAUACACGGUACAUUGCUACUGUAUAUAUAUUCGAUGUGUAUAAUAAAGCUAUAUUUUUAUUGCAAUGAAA